CCCACCACGCGACUGCGUCCCGCUGCUCACAUAAACAGUACCAGACAAGUGCGGGCGCAGUGCUCACGUUACAGCGUACGUUGUCAGAAUCUGGGAGUAAAAUGGCCAAAGCUGCAAGCCCAAUGGAUUCUGCUUCAACUUCUUCCUUCAUGACUGCCCUGGCGAAUGAGCUGAUCAUGGACCGGGAUCCGCGCACCGCCAACUGGGUCCUGGCCGGGAACAGGGAGUUCCUCGCCUCCCUGUUCAUGGUCUACGUCUACGUGGUCAAGGUGGCCGGACCCCGAUACAUGAAGGACCGCAAGCCGUACGACGGCAUCAAACCGAUCGUCAACGCCUACAACGCCUGCAUGGUGGUGCUGAAUGCCUACUUCAUGACUGCCUUCCUCUCCAGGAGCUACAUGGGAGGCGGCUACAGCCUCUUCUGCCACGGCAUUGACUACGAGAGCCGAGACGAGGUCACCAUGAGCCUUCUCAACCUGUGCUGGUGGUACACGCUAGUGAGGAUCGCCGACUUCAUGGACACGGUGUUCUUCGUCCUGCGCAAGAAGGACUCGCACGUAUCGUUCCUUCACGUCGCGCACCACAUUCUGGUGGUGUUCAACGGCUGCUACGGCGUCGGCUACGGCCCAGACGGCCAGGCGUUGCUGACCAUUAUACUCAAUUGCUUCGUCCACGUGAUCAUGUACACUUACUACUUUCUCUCCCUGCUGGGACCCGCAGUGCAGAAGCACCUCUGGUGGAAGCGCUACCUGACCCAGGUGCAGCUGGUUCAGUUCUGCAUCAUAUUCGUGCACAUGAUGAUUCCGCUCUUCUACAGCUGUGGUUACCCGAGGCCGCACAUCUACAUCAUGCUGUGCGAGGCGGUCUUCUUCUUCACCAUGUUCGUGCGCUUCUACAUCCAGGCCUACCGGGACAGGCACAACACCAGCAGGAAAAUCGAGGAUAGCGAUCACGCCAAGAGCAAGGUUCACUGAAAGUGUUUGCUUAGUCGAUUCUGUGGUACGCGCAAGGACUCUGCAACUAUCACGGCGGUCAACCUACAGUUAACGUGUAGCCUUUAACCUCGACCGCACGUCUCAUCGUUAAUGUCACAUGGCUGUGCAGAAAGUGAUACGGAUGAUAUGCGGAAAGUUAUGGGAACUUUAGCGACCUGAUGGGUAUGCAUAAGUUACGCGCAAAAGUAGGUACUGCUUGUUAACCAAGGUUUUAGUUUAGUGUGCGAAUACAUGAACAGCAACUUAUCGGAUCUGCCUGAACACAGCUACCAAGCCCAAAUUAUUCGUAUCGCCGCGAAACACACACUGCGAGAUCUUAAACCGCAAAUCAAAAAAAAAAAAAAAAAAAAGAAAGAAAAAACCUAUGCGACCCGUGUAUGGGACACUGUAUUCUUGCCACACAGGCCCAGUGCAGCACGUUUUUGUCUGUCCUUUGUCUCCUACCGGAGACAUGCUAGGAACGAAAAAGACACUUGACGGUAGACAACGAGGAUUUGUGUAGAAAAUAGAUCGUUAUGUUUAGGCCGACAAAAUAAGUGGACCAUUCGCUUGUUGAACGGAGAACUGACGCGUUCAUCGAGAACAACGGUCCGUUUUUGCACCACAGCAACGGUCUACGUUGCCGUACUCGUCGUCGCUGCAUUACACUUUGAUAGGGCGCACUUCAAUAGGACGCGAAGUACUAAGUGCGUUGGUUCUGUUCUUGUGUCGCAUGGGAAAUGCUGUACACAAAUGUGCCACGCUGGCUCCACUGACACUAAUGCGUGUGGUCAAGCGAGAGUCGUGAAUUGCCGUGUAUUUAGUGAUCUGUGUUUGCUAUCUUUUGUUGUAAUUCUCAG